AUGCAGGGGCUCCUUGCUGCUCAGACCCAGAAGAGAAACAAAAACAGGCAACAGAGUCCAAGACCAAGCCACAGACAAUGCCAAAGCCAAAGCUGGAGCCUCAGUCCAAGUGCCGUUCGGAGCCUUUGUUCACCCGGGACUCAUAACAGGACAGCACACUCCCGUAAUCAUCACUCCUCAUCCCACGCCCGAUGCUACACUCACUCCCACUAUUCCCAUCACUCAACCCAUCAUCACUCCAACAGAUGUCCUAAAAGAAGGAAUGCAACAGGGGUAGAAAAAACAAAGACCAAGAAAGGCCACUCACCAUACAGAAGGGGAAAAAAAGCAGAGAGAAGAGCUCCAGCCCCGAAGAGAAAGAUCCCAGGCCUGUGGAGCAGGGCAAGCAGCCGCCACAGAGACAGAGCCAGGCUCUGGGGCAGCCACACAGCCUGCAGCCUGGAGACCAGCAGGGACAGCUCCAGGGAGAGCCCCUCAGAGGAGACGCCUUGCUGUGGGGGAGAGCAGAGAUUCCCGGGAAGGAGAGAGGUGGUGACACUCGGUGGGCAGCACAGACCAAUGGAGAGGCCCUCAGAAGCCUCCCAGAGUCGGGGCAGCACCUGGAAGGGGCUCCUGAUCAUCACAGCCUCCAUCCUCAGCUGCUGGAUCCAGCCAGUGUUUGCUCAAGAUAUAACUAUUGUACCAAACCAGCCCUUUGGGAGAGAAGGCAGCAGCAUCAUGCUGGAGCUCCAGGGGUACACAAGCAAACCUAUUUGGUAUAUUUGGUACAAAAAGCCAACAAAGGACACUCCCCUGGAUUCGGACGGCCAUAAAAUCGCUCUGUACCACUAUAGAGGAGUCACACAGACACCAGACAAUAUCCGGCAGCGGCUGCUCCACAAUGGCUCCAUUAUCAUCCCAGACCUCAUCCUUGAUGAUGGUGGUUACUACAUGGUAAAGACCCUCAGCGAUGAGUAUAAGUGGAAAGAAGCAGGAAUCCAUGUGAUUGUGUAUGGGCCACUAUCCCCACCUAACAUCAGCAGCUCCAACAUGGCCCCAAUGGAGAACAAGGACAAUGUCUCAUUGACAUGCCAGGCUGAGGGUCAAACUGACACAUACCGGUGGUUCAUAAAUGAAAGUGCCCCAGCCAGUGACAGGAUACAGCUGUCCCCAGAUAACAGGACACUCAGUAUACACAAUGUCACAAGGGAAGACGAAGGACCCUAUGUGUGUGAAAUCGAGAACCCAAUUAGUCGCAAUAGGAGUGAUCCAUUCAGAGUGAAUGUUACCUAUGGCCCAGAUUCCCCCAUGAUUGACCCUACAGAUGAUCAUUACUCUAUAGGGGAAAAUAUUACUUUGAACUGUUCUGCUGAAUCUAACCCACCUGCCCAAUUCACUUGGGUUCACAAUGGACAAACCUUGAGCAACUCAGCCACACUCUCUCUUACUAAUGUGUCACUGAAUGACACUGGAACCUAUACCUGUCAUGCAUCUAACCCAUACACUGGCUUGACUAGCUCCAAAGACAAGACUCUUAUGAUCUAUGAUAAGCCGAUGAAACCCAACAUAACAAUCAAUAGCACCGACAUCAUCAUAGAGAAUGACACCGUGGUCUUGACGUGUAACACAGAGGAGAAAGAUUUGCGAGGUAUUCAGUGGUACUUCCAAAACAAUAAACUGAUCCUCAAUGACAGGAUGACUCUAUCUUCAAAUAACCAGACCCUCACCAUCAUGCCUGUGAAGGGGGAAGACAAUGGAGCUUAUCAAUGCGAAGUCUGGAAUCCAGUCAAUGCCAGUAAAAGUGACUCAUUCAACCUGACUGUCGUCUAUGGACCAGAGCAAAUCAGGAUUCUUCCAGAGCCUGUUAAUGACCAGAUUGAGGUCACAUUCAAUGAGAAUCUGGCUUUAGAGUGUCAGGCUAAUUCUGAACCACCGGCCCAGUAUACAUGGCAAGUCAAUGGUUCUUCUAUGUCUGAAAAUUCUGGAAACACGUACACUAUCUCCCAAGCAUCUUGGGAACAUGCAGGAACGUAUACGUGCACAGCAAUGAACAAUGUGACCAAUGCAACAAUCUCUACAAGCGUCACAGUCACGGUGAUACAUAAGGAGGCUCCUUCAGGAGGCUCCUCACUCUCUGGAGGGGCCAUUGCUGGCAUUGUGAUUGGAGUCCUAGCUGGAGUGGCUCUCAUCGGGGCUCUCAUCUAUUGCCUGUUCUUCAGAAAAUCUGCAGGGGCCAGCGAUCACCACCCUACAGAGCACAAAUCCUCAGCACCCAACCACAGUCAUUCGAGCUCUGACAGCCCACCUAACGGGACUGAGGAAGUAUCCUAUGCCUCUGUGAACUUCAGUGCCCAGAAACCAACUGUCACAGCUCAGGCCUCUACACCCAUGGACACCGUUUACUCUGAAAUCAAAAAGAAAUGACCUGAUCCUUCCUGUUCUCUCCGCUGUGGACUUAUUUAUUGUGAUCUUCCCCCAGCUCUCUCAAUCUCCAAGUCACCAACCUCUCAACCCAGUCCUACUACAUUCCCACCAACCUCAAGGAAGGAAAAGGAGGAGAAAGGCCCCCCUUUUACCUCCCUGAGGCUGCCCAGCCAAGUCCCUCCCCUCCAUUGUCAACAGAUGCCAGGGACACAUUGGGUUCUUCCCAGAAGCAAACCUUCCCUCCCUCAAAAAUUGGCAUCAUGGGCCUGGGAGAGGGCAGCCACGAAGACAUCUCCUUCCUGGCACUCUUCAAACACAUACCUGUGACUCCCUCUCUUUGUUCAAAGCACAUUCAUCAGUCCUGCCCCUAGGUUGGCCAGUUAGGAUCACGUGAGUUAGAGCUGCUGCUCCCUGACCAUGUCAACCAUGGAAAGAGUAGCUGCUGGAUUUGGACUCGGGACUUGCCUUCCAUUACAUGCAGCUUACAUUAUCCUCCUUUCUUUGGGAGAUUUUCCUUCCUUUGGCCUCAGUUUCCCCCUCUGUAAAAUGAGGAGGUUGGAUUUAUGAUCUCCAAGGACUUCUGCAGUUCCAGACCGUGUGACCCUAAGCCAGCAGCAGCCACAGUUUCUGGAAGGCAGAAGAAGAGAGAGCCACCCUCUGCUCAGUCAUAGGUUUUCCAUUUUCUAUCUAGACUUUGCUGUCCCUACCCUUCCCUCCCUGCCCCCAUCCUCCUUCCCUAGCCCAGGGUGGGGCAAGAGCUCAGGAACCAUCUUCAGUAAGCACUUUACUACCCACUCUACCCAGGGAGAGGAAUGGCUCAGUGUCUUAAUGCAGCCCAGUUUCCUAAGCACUGCCAGAAAGCUGUUUGCCAGGGCCCUAAGGGGAUUCCCUAAUGGAAAAGGCAAAAGUCCAACCUGCAGGGUUUUCAAAGCCAUUGCCAUUUCUGUUCAGGGAAACUGCCCAGAGAGAUAAGAGAGAACCAGCUUCAGGAAUGAGUCAGCAUCCUCACCCAGAAAAAUUCUGAGCGGGACUAGAGACUGGAAUCCAAACCAGCCCAGAGAAAAGCUGACCUCAGGAGGGGAAUGUUGAACCAAUACAGAUAUCUAGGUGUUACAUUUUCCCUUCUCUCUGGCUUCUUUCAGCCCAAGAGAGGCAGGAAUAGGGGCUGGUAGGAUUCUGGCAUCUUGUCUUUUCCUUAACUGUCCAGUGUAACAUGAUUGCCCAGAGCAGAAGCUACCAGUGUGCUAGUCCCCUGGUCCCUAUGUCUUCCAGGGAUUCAGUGAAGGUCACCAGACAGGCACUGGGGAAGGAAAGGAAGAGUAUCCCCUCAUAACUUGGAAGGGAGUCUGGUAGGGUCCCUGAAGACAUCAGUCAGCUAGCUCCAGUGCCCACCCCUCCUCUUCCUCCCCCAACACCCACACAUACACACUAUCCACUGCCUCUCACCCCCUCAUUCUCUCUCAGGAAACAAUGGCCUCUACUCAAGAGAUGACAUGUGGGUAGGUUUGUCCCCUGGAGGAUCAGGAGCUCCCCCAGGGACCACUCUCAAUCACACGUGCAGCCCAGACAUCACUGGUGCUGAGAUCCCUUGGGGACAGGUGAUGGUUGCCUUGUCCAGCCACUGGAAAUCUUUUUCUUGGGGCUCACCAAUCACCUAUCCAUUCUCCUUCCCCACCAGCUAAAAUCAGAAUAAUAUCAGAAGUCAUGAUGUCCAACUCUAUUCAACUAACCAGAGUCUCUGACCAGGGAGAGAGAAGGGUGAGCUCAGCUUUCUAUCCAGCCUUCUGUAGUGUUGGGUAGGAAGAUCUGUGAAUCUGAGGAGCCUCUAGUCACAGAGAGGGUUCAGUGUUGAACAUCUCCAUGACUCGCUCACCAAGACCCAAAGACUGUGCACCUUCUCUCACCAGAUCCAACUGUGGUUUUUAAUUUACCUGGCUCAAGGUUGCUUCCUCUUGUGUGUGUGUCCUGAUGACUGUUUGUAAAAUUGAUUUUCCUAUCUAUUUAUAAUAAAAAUGAUAUCAUUAAAACAUGA